ACUCUCUCUAAUGAUCUUCACUAAAGAAGUACUAAUAAUUGCAAAAGCUUGCUUCUUGUUAAGCUAAGCUAAUGACAAAAUUACACAUCUGGAAACAAAAUAACCCACAAAGAGAUAGCAAAAAGACUCAACUUUCUUUCUAGAUUUUAGCUGUUAAAAACAGAAAACAAACAUCUGUAAGCGGAACAAGCACACAGACCCACUUUGAUAGUUUGGCUAAAGCAGAUAGAAGACAGCUCAAUCACUGACACUCACAAAAAGCCCCAACUAUGAUUCGCCCUCUCAAACCCCAUUAAGUACUUUACCUUUCUUGAUAAUUCCUCCGCUUAAAGUUUGGUUUUUCUCUCUCUUAAAGGAGGUAAGUUUGUGUUUUUUCAAGUUCACGGUUUCUGUGCUCAUUUCAUGAAUCUGAUGGAAUUUACUUCUAUCUUCACUUGGGUUCGUGUGUUUCAAUGGAUCGAGCACCUGGGUUGAUGUCAUUGAAGAUGGAAAUGAUCUUUGCAGCCUUAAUAUUGGCUUUCUUGCAAUCCUUUGUAUUGUCUGACCCACAAGGAGAUGCCCUAUAUGCAUUGAAGCUUUCGAUGAAUAUUCCAAACAAUCAAUUGACAGAUUGGAACCAGAAUCAAGUUAAUCCAUGCACUUGGACGAAUGUUAUCUGUGACAAAAGCAAUAAUGUCGUUUCUGUAACGCUAUCCGACAUCAACUGUUCUGGGAUCUUGUCUCCUAUGAUAGGAGCUCUAAGGACUCUCACUACACUAACACUGAAAGGGAAUGGCAUAACUGGUGGGAUACCAAAAGAGUUCGGAAAUUUGUCAAGUUUGACCAGCUUAGAUUUGGAAAAUAAUCGUUUAAGUGGUGAAAUACCAUCUUCCCUGGGUGAUCUUAAAAAACUACAAUUUUUCAGGACAUUGAGUCAAAACAAUCUCAGUGGAGCUAUCCCUGAAUCACUUGCUAGUCUUGAAAGCUUAAUCAAUAUUCUGCUCGAUUCAAAUAAUCUCAGUGGUCAAGUUCCUAAUCAUUUAUUCCAAAUUCCUAAAUACAAUUUUACAGGAAACCACUUAAAUUGUGGUGGGCUGAAUUUGCAUCUCUGUGAAUCUUAUAGUGGUGAUUCAGGUGGUUCACAUAAGUCAAAGAUUGGAAUUAUAGUUGGAGUUGUGGGAGGAUUUGUAAUUCUUUUUCUGCUUGGAGGCUUGCUAUUUUUUGUUUGCAAGGGUAGACGCAAAGGCUACAGACGUGAAAUAUUUGUAGAUGUUGCAGGUGAAGUGGAUCGAAGAAUAGCAUUUGGUCAGUUAAAACGAUUUGCAUGGAGGGAAUUGCAGCUUGCCACAGACAACUUCAGUGAGGAAAAUAUCCUUGGACAAGGAGGAUUUGGAAAAGUUUAUAAAGGAGUGCUUGCUGAUAAUACCAAAGUUGCCGUGAAGCGUUUAACUGAUUUUGAAAGUCCUGGGGGUGAUGCAGCAUUCCAACGUGAAGUUGAGAUGAUAAGUGUAGCUGUUCACAGGAACUUAUUACGUCUGAUAGGGUUUUGCACAACGACAACAGAACGCCUCUUGGUGUAUCCAUUCAUGCAGAAUUUAAGUGUGGCCUAUCGUCUAAGAGAGCGUAAACCUGAGGAGCCUGUUUUAGAUUGGACAACCAGAAAAAGAGUGGCCUUAGGUGCAGCGCGUGGCCUGGAAUACCUUCACGAGCACUGCAAUCCUAAAAUUAUUCAUCGUGAUGUGAAAGCAGCUAAUGUACUACUUGAUGAAGAUUUUGAAGCAGUUGUUGGUGAUUUUGGCCUUGCAAAGCUGAUGGAUGUGAGAAAGACUAACGUGACUACUCAAGUUCGUGGGACAAUGGGCCACAUAGCACCAGAAUACUUGUCCACUGGCAAGUCAUCUGGAAGGACUGAUGUCUUUGGGUAUGGGAUAAUGCUUCUGGAGCUUGUUACAGGUCAACGUGCAAUUGACUUUUCACGCCUGGAAGAAGAAGAUGAUGUCCUAUUGCUUGACCAUGUCAAGAAGCUGGAGAGGGAGAAAAGACUGGAUGCUAUUGUAGAUCGCAACUUAAAUAAAAACUACAACAUCCAGGAGGUGGAGAUGAUGAUAAAAGUUGCUUUGCUCUGUACCCAAGCGUCGCCAGAGGACCGUCCAGCAAUGUCGGAGGUUGUGCGGAUGCUAGAAGGAGAGGGGCUUGCUGAAAGGUGGGAAGAAUGGCAGCACGUUGAAGUUACAAGAAGGGAAGAAUACAGCAGAUUGCAGAGAAGAUUUGACUUUGGAGAAGAUUCACUUUAUAACCAAGAUGCUAUUGAGUUAUCUGGUGGAAGAUGAGUUGCUCAUGUAGGCUCCUCGUUCUUCCUUUGUGUGAGCUCCUAUUUUGUCUGCGAUGAAACUAUUUUGCCGUUGAUUGAAAGCCUGUCUUUUUUGUUUUUUUUUUCAGUUUCAUAAUCAUAGCUCUAUUAUUUAUCCCAAGAAAAUGGCAUUUCGACUCUUGAGCUUCCAGCUUAGGCUUUUGCCUGCUGUAUUUCCACCAAUUUCAACGUCAUUUCACACUUGUUUUCUAGGAUUUUGCUCUGUCAGACAAUAUUGAAGUGAUUUUUUAUGAUGACGAAAUGUAAUAUAUAACACAAAGGAUAGGAGGUUGUCUA